AUAAUUCUGCCAUUCAAUUUUGGCAACGAAGAACAACACAAUCCGGAAGUGAAUGCCUUUCAUUUCCGGGAUAAAGAUGCCGGCAUGUAAAUAAACAUGUGUGGAUGACUUUGAAAGCUUUUACCCCUCAAGACGGCUCAUACUUCGUAACAAAGGGUUUGUCGUUUCGCCUUCAAACUAACACAGACCCGCUGCGCUGAUGCUGCUGCACUGCUGUUUUUUUAAGAUGGCUGCUUAAAAGCAGGAAGCACCAACGUGCCCACACAAUGCAGACAAGGAUGGCUCUUCCACAUGUGCGACUGUGCGUUAGACGCAGCAUCGUCUCAGGAUUUGAUGCCCGCGGCUACGCGACGUUCAGCGCGGCCUCAAACAGGCAGGAGAAAGGCAGCAGCGUUCCAGUCUUUCAGUACGUGGGCCAGCACAAGAAGCCCAGCCACAAAGUGUUCGUGUGGGGGUUCAGCUUCACCGGAGCGCUCGGCAUUCCCAGCUUCGUCGUGCCGGACAGCGGCCGGAAGAAGCCUCGCAAAUAUCAGCUCACGCCUUACAGACUGGAGACGGCAGAGCAGAUCUCUUCAGCGGCCUGUGGUUACGGCUUCACACUCAUCGCCUCCUCCACCAAAGAUGUCACCAAGCUAUGGGGCAUGGGCUUGAACAAGGACUCCCAGCUGGGAUUUCAACGCACGCAGCACAGUCGACACGUGAGCUACGACUACGUGUUGGAACCGUCACCGGUGGCGCUCCCCCUCGCCGAGCCCCAGCGGACCCGAGUGGCUCAAGUGUCAUGUGGCCGAGCUCACUCUCUGGUCCUCACUGAUCAGGAGGGAGUGUUCAGCAUGGGCAACAAUUCCUAUGGGCAAUGUGGACGGCGCAUAGUGGAGGACGAAGCCUACAGUGGCAGUCACGUGCUUCACAAGAUAGAGGGCAUUGGCAGCAGCAAGGUGGUCCAGGUGGCGUGUGGACAGGACCACAGCCUCUUCCUGACCAAGGCGGGACAAGUGUAUGCUUGUGGGUGGGGGGCGGAUGGACAGACAGGUGUGGGACACCACAAGGUGUGCUCCACACCCACCCAGGUGGCGGGGGACCUGGAGGGGGUGGCGGUGCAGCAGAUCAGCACCUACGGAGACUGCAGCCUGGCCGUGUCGGAGGAUGGACAGCUGUACGGGUGGGGCAACUCGGAGUACCGUCAGCUGGCCUCCAUCACCGAAGCGACACAGAUCAACGUUCCUCGUCACGUCCCCCUGAGAGGCUGUGGGAAGGUGGUGCAGGCGGCAUGCGGCGGCACGCAGGUGGCCGUCCUCAAUGAGAGAGGCGAGGUGUUCGUUUGGGGCUACGGCAUUCUGGGAAAAGGCCCCAAGCUUUCAGAGUCCUCCGCUCCCGAGAUGAUUCCGCCCACGCUGUUCGGGCGCUCCGACUUCAACCCCUCGGUCGUUGUCACCAAGAUCCGAUGUGGCCUGACUCACUUUGCGGCCGUGACGGAUCGCGGCGAGCUCUUCGUCUGGGGGAAAAACAUCCGAGGUUGUUUGGGAAUCGGCAAAAGAGACGACCAGUUCUUUCCCUGGCGGGUGACUGUCCCGGGUCGUGUGGUGGACGUGGCGUGCGGCGUCGACCACAUGGUGGCGCUGGUCAAGUCCCUCCUGUGACGUCUGGGCUGAAAGGUUUGUGACUAUAAUUGUCCCGCUUCAGGAAGACGCUGAGACGUCUCCCAGCCGGCCAGCUGCUCUCUGCGGGGCGUCACACACCACUUUAUUUGUGGAUUAUGUAAGCGAGGGGAAGAUGAUCCCAGAUGAGGGGAAAACACGAGCGCCCUGCGGAGACGUUUUGAGAGCAGAAACGAGCGCUCGGCGGGGGGAGAAGGUAUUCACCAAGAGCCUCUGAAAGUGUUUACUCAGCUCUAAUCCAAAUGACAGGUGAUACACCUGCACUUACUCCCUGCUGAUGUGCAGACAGCUCCGAUAUCAACACACACAUCAGCCAAAUCAUGCAUUGUCAGCACAAUGACUCAGCAUACUGUACUGUACUGUUAAGACACAUUACAGUACAGUAGAAAAGUAGAACAUCCAUUGUACAGUCAUGAUUAAAGUCAUACAGCGUUUUAACCACAUUCAUGUGAGACAUCAGUAUUGUUGCGCAUUUGUAUAUUUGGUUUUGAAAAAGAUUUAUAUGCAGAGAUAUAAUAUUUAUAUACCUGUAUAAUAUACAUAUAUUAAUAGUGUAUAUAUAAAUAUUUAUAUUAUAUUAUAUAUAUUACAGUCAAGGCCAAAAAUAUUGGCACCCCUGCAUUUCUGUCAGAUAAUGCACCACUUCUCCCAGAAAAUUGUUGAAAUUACAAAUGCUUUGGUAUU